CUGCUUUUCUCCGCCCCCGCCCCCGCCCCCAAGCCUCCGCCCCUUAGCCCCCGCCCCCAGCUGCCAGUCCCCAGCAGCUCAGUCCUGCAGUGAGAGCCUUGGGAGUCCAUAGUUAAGCACCAGGGACUGAGCACUGCCCGCUGUGCCUGCCUGCGAGUCUCCGACAUGGCUCAGGAGAAAAUGGAGCUGGACUUUGAGGCUGACACACCUGAUGGGGGCGCCCUGAGGAGAUCGAGCAGCGCUCCCCUGAUCCACGGGCUCAGUGAUCUUUCACAGGUUUUCCAGCCUUACACAUUUAGAACUCGGAGGAAUAGUACGACGAUUAUGAGCCGUCAUACCCUGGUAAGUAUAGAAUUGCUGUCCUCACCUAAUCGCGCUCCUAGUAGCAGACUGCAUCAGAUCAAAAGGGAGGAAGGCAUGGAUAUGAUGAACAGAGAAACUGCACAUGAGAGGGAAGUGCAGACAGCAAUGCAGAUAAGCCAGUCGUGGGAUGAGAGUCUGAGCCUGAGUGAUAGCGAUUUCGAGAAGCCGGAGAAACUCUAUUCUCCUAAAAGAAUUGACUUCACUCCAGUUUCUCCGGCGCCAUCACCCACCAGAGGAUUUGGAAAGCAAUGUUUUUCACCAUCCUUACAAAUGUUUGUGAGCAGCAGUGGGCUGCCACCAAGCCCCGUGCCUAGUCCCAGACGCUUCUCCAGCAGGAGGAGUCAGAGCCCAGUCAAAUGCAUUAGGCCCAGUGUUCUCGGUCCUCUUAAAAGAAAAGGUGAAAUGGAGACAGAAAGCCAGCCCAAGAGGCUCUUCCAAGGCACUACCAAUAUGCUGUCCCCGGAGGCCACACAGCUGUCUGAUCUCAGUUCAUGUUCAGAUGUUUUGGAUGGCAGUAGUAGCAGCAGUGGCUUGUCCUCAGACUCGCUGGCUAAAGGCAGUACAACCGCAGCGCCUCCAGUAGCAUGCACCAAUUCAUGCUCUUCGUUCAUCUUGAUGGAUGAUCUCUCACCCAAGUGACUUACCCAUUUCUGAUUCAGUGUUUUAACUGCCGUUUCCUACACAAAACAUUCAGUGAGGAACGCAGAGAACUUUGAUCCAUAAUGAGGAUUAAAGUGUGACAGACUUAAACCAUUUCGAUGCUGUUCUUUUUUGGCAUCUCUCUCCUCUAAAGUUCAAUUUUAUGAGUGUAGUGACCUGACUCCUGUCUCUUUGCUGAUCUCAUUUUGGAUCUAGUGACUAAAUCUCAAAUAUUCAUUUUUGAUUGCUUAGAGUAUAUAUAUAUAUAUAUAUAUAUAUAUUUUUUUUUUUUCCCUCCGUGCCUCAGAGAGCACCUAUUUUAGAGUCUAUACGUUUAAUAAAGGAAAGCACUGAUGUGUAUUUUCAACACUGGUUCUUUUUCCCAGCAGUGACAUGACACCUAAAGUUGAUCAGAAAUUCUCUUGCUUGAGAGAUUUUUUUUUGUUGUUCUCUGUUGACCACAUAGUUUCAAAUCUCUUUAUUUCACAAUAAUAGAUGGAUUGCUUUCAGUUCUAUUAAAUUUUUAUUUUUCUGCAUCGGCUUACAGUACAUUAUUUUGUUGCCCUUUCCUGUUUGAGCUGCUUACUUGCCAUUUCUCACCGAGGGGAAGAAACACGUAGUUGCUUUCAUUACUAUCUGUGUCGCUUUGCUGGUGGAGUGCAGGGCGUAAGGUUUGAUUUUAGUGCCGAGAAUGUAAAUGGACUGACGGGGAUGCCUGGAUUAGCCACCAGAGGUUCUCAUGCCUUAGCUGCCGCCGUUGAUGUGUGUCUCGCCCAAGUCUGUUGCCCGAAGGAAUAUAUAAAAUAUUGUUAAUGUUUCUAGGUGGUGUUAUCAAGGAGAAGAAAUCCCUGCCUUGACCAGAUGUGUGGAGCAUCUACAAAUGAAUGAAUAAUGUUAUGUACACGCAAAGCACUGUGUAGAAAAGCGUACAUGGAGCUUGACCGCUUGUUUCGGGGGAUAUCGUGAGGCCUGGGGGUUUUGGGGUGCAGUGUUGUGCUGUAAAGGUGUGUGUCAUACGGUAGGCUAGAAAAGGGGGCUUUCUGUGUCUGACCGCCACAUACUGGUUUGAUUGCUGCUGUUUUCUGAUUCCUUUUUUGUCGUUGGAUUUGUUUCUUUGUCGUGUGGUGAGUGUUGCUGCCCGCUGUGUUUUGGUUCUCGUGUCUGCCACCAGAGUCCAAAUCCAGUUCUUGUUUCCGCUGCCCUCUAGUAAGGGCAGCUUCCUACCUACGAGGAAGCUUUUAGGAGCUGAAAGAGUCCAUGUUACUGCGCAUUCUGCUUUUACGAAGCUGUUGAGCUGUAAACAGUGUACAUGAUAGUAGGUCUGAGGUACCAUAAGUUAUUUAAUUUUUAAAAGAGGAGAAUCCUGAUAGAGCUAUUAAAAAAAAAAAAAAAACAACCUGAGUGUAAUCUAUCAUUGUGUUAAUCUGUCGUUGUGUUUUUAUUUAUUAUUUAAAACUGUGUUAAAAUGUCUGUUGUGAUAGAUUUCUUUUAAUGUUCAGACAUCGUGGUUGGAUCGUCUGUGCUUAAUAUGCAAAUCUGCCCGCUAGGAUCAUAAUGUUCCACUUUUUAAAUGAAUGUAGAAAUGGAAACUACUGCCUUUGUGUCCUUUGAAGGCAAAGAUUCUUGACUUCUAAAGACUCAUGCCGCGCUUUGAGGGUACUCACAGAGGAGUAAUACUGUAUGCCUUGAAGGGAAGUGUAUCCUCUUUGAAUUAUAGGAGAGCAUCACUAGCUUGCAGUAAGUCAUUCUAUUACAAUAUCAGAUGUGGUGUUUCCUUUAAACUGUACUAACCACCAUGAUGGCCAUUAAUGGCUUUAUUUCUCAUACUGCUUUCACCUGUGCGAAGUCCAUAAUCUUUCAAUCCUCACGUAAAUGUACAUAUUAUGAAGGUUGUUCCCUAGUGUGCCAUGUGAAAGAGUAAUUACCUCGACGGUAUUCAGUGUGCUUAUUCCACUCAUGAAAGAACCACGUUGGGAUGUUUCUGCCUAUCCAAUACCGAGAGGUGGUUUUCUCUUACAGGGUAUCUAUCCACCUUCCCUCUACAGUCUUCUUUGCCUUAAAGGGAUACUUUUGGCCAUGGAUCUGGGGUUCUAAUUUAGGACUCUUAAGAAACAACCUUUGGAAUGUGAUGAUCUUUAAAUUUCUUUCUGAAAUCCAGUGGUGGGUUAGAAUUGGGACAGGAACGUGAAGUUGUUCCAAUAUUAUGGGAACUAGGAGACCAGAUGGUUCACUUUCUUCUUUAAACCAAGGUUCGUUUUUAUUGUUUAAAUUGACUAGAAAGUUAAGUUUAUGCAGGGAUUGUUUUGGAAUAAAUAAAAGAGAGAAAUGCUGACCUUCAGACGAGCUUUGUUGACAGUACCCCUUUAUUUUUAUAUGAAGUCUAAUAUUUGAAAAGUGGUCAUUGUUAUAAAGUAAAAUUCUCUCUUCCUAUUCUAAUAUCUCCUGUUUCAGGCUUCUAUUUGAAAACAAGUCCAAGAGAUGAUAUAAGAAAAUCCUAUAGAUGCUCUUUUUGCUUGACUAACUUAUAUAAUCCCUGUGUUUCAUGAUAACCGCUUUUGGAAUAAAUUAUAGAAAAUUUUGUGAAAUGCUGACCUUGUGUAUAUCUUAGAAUGCAAAUUUAAUAAAGUGUGUACACAUGCAUAAAAUUCUGUAAAAA